AUGGAGAAUUUUAUGCCUAUUAAACUUUAUAUUAGCAAGUCUUACGAUCGCAUCGAAUGGGUUUUCAUGAAAAAAGUGCUCGCUUGCUUUGGAUUUCCUGCUGACUUUGUUGAUCUUAUUAUGCUAUGCGUAACCUCUGUCUCCUACUAUUUCUUGUUUAAUAGUUCACAGUUUGGUAGCGUUACUCUGACACGUGGCCUUAGGCAAGGAGACCCGCUUUCUCCGUACUUGUUUAUAUUUUGUGCAGAGAUCCUUAUUGGAAUGAUUCAGAGUGCAGUGGCGGAUGGUCAGUUGCAUGGUUUUCAAAUUGCCCCUAAUGCCCUGAUGGUUACUAAUUUGUGUUUUGUGGAUGGCACAUUACUUUUUUGCCGGGCCAACGUGGAUGAUGCAACAAGAUUGGGCAAUAUUUUGAGUAAAUUUGCGCAGAUCUCUGGCCAGGAAAUCAAUAUGGAAAAGACCACCAUGUGUUUUAGUCCUACAACUCCUACUCAUACCCGUGAGGCAAUCUACGAGACGUUGAGAUUCCAGAUUGUCGAUCGCCACGACAAAUACCUAGGCAUGCCAGCAUCGCUAGGCAAAUACCGCAAAGAUGUUUUUCGUUACUUGCGGGAUCGGUUGUGGGGAAAAAUUCGAUGCUGGGGUUGGUAUAUUCUUAAAAAUCUUGAAGCAACCAUUCGGCGGUUCUGGUGGGGUGAUGGGUCAGAGCAGAGAUUGGCCUGGGUUUCUUGGGAUCGUUUAUGCCGACCCAAAUCAGUAGGUGGAAUGGGCUUCCGAAAUCUUGAGAUCUUCAGUUACUCCCUCCUUGCAAAGCAACUUUGGAGGGUGAUUACAGAAUCCGAUCGUCUUCUAUAUAUCCCAACUACUGAGGGUCAGAGACCGAUGUCGACUAGCUUCCCAAAUCGAGUUGCGGAUUUGAUUGAUACAUCUCAGUCAACCUGGAAUAUGGAACUUAUCGACAGCACUUUCAUGACGAUUGAUAGGGUGCGGAUUUACUCUACUCCAAUAGGCGGUCGCACAGUUCCGGAUAUUCGAUGCUUAUCGAAUGGGAGAUUUUCCGAUGUGGUUUCAUGUCGGUUGGGCUUCGGUUGUCCAAAUUUUCUUGGCUUCGGUUGUUCGAUUUUCACGGUGUUGGCUGCACUAAGGAGCAUGUCCGAGCCUGUCAGAUUCUUACCCGAAGCUCUUUCGUCUUUUAUUCCGGUUAAGGUUUCGUUCAACAGGAUUAGUUUGUUUUUGCUCGAAGACGAACUCAAGCAAGAAGAUUCGGUAAUAAUAGCUCCGACGGCAAAAUUUAGAACACGUCGUUCGUAUUCAAAAUGGUUGUUUUAG